UCUCGUUGUUGCUGAUAAGCUCUCACGCUGCACAUGCGUUCACAUGGGCUUUUCACCUACAUACAUAUAUUCAAACAGCGCGAGCUAUAUCCAUUUCCUGAAAGAUUUUCAGAUAAUGCAUAACUUCUAAGCAACCAGCAAGCUUUGCUUUUACUUUGGUUGUCAAAGAAGAUGUAUCACUCAGCCCUGCUCACAAUUUUGUCCCUGUUGUCUGUUCUAAGUGGGGUCUAUUCUGGUCAGAUUUUGGUAUUUCCAGUUGAUGGAAGCCACUGGAUUAAUAUGAAAGUUCUCAUUGUGGAUUUACAUUCAAAAGGCCACAACAUCACAGUGAUUCGAGGUUCAAACAGUAUGUAUAUUAAAGAGGAGUCACCCUACUACAGUUCAAUCACUGUUGAUAUUGGGGCAUAUGAUGAUGAAUUUUUUACCACUUUUUUGUCCCUUUUGCUACAAAUGAGAAAACACAAAACAUCCUCUUGGGACGAAAUCAUGUUUGGAGUGGAGGUCAUGAAAAAGUUCUCUGAGAUUCAUGAGAAAAUUUGCAACAUGACUGCCAUGAUGUUUGAAAAUGAAACUUUGAUGAAAUCUUUGCAGCAGGCUAAAUUUGACAUGGUUUUAGCUGACCCUGCUAUGGGAGGUGGUAUGCUACUAGCACACAGACUUGGUCUCCCUCUUGUGUUCAAUGUUCGUUGGACUGUUCAUGGAGAGGGCCAUUUUGCCAUUGCUCCCUCCCCCCUGUCUUAUGUACCUGUUCCUGGAGCAGAGCUAACAGACAAAAUGACUUUUAUUCAAAGAGUCAAAAAUGUGUUGAUUUACUUCAUCACUUACUAUCAACACUCUAAAUAUUUUGCCCAACAUUACAAGGCAUUUUGUCAGAAAUACUUUGGACCCGAUGUGGAUUACUUUUCCAUUCUUCAGAAUGCAGAUAUCUGGCUCAUGAGAAAUGACUUCACUUUUGAAUUUCCACGACCCACAAUGCCAAAUGUAGUCUAUAUGGGUGGCUUCCAGUGCAAGCCCUCCAAUCCACUUCCUGAUGAUCUAGAAAAGUUUGUGCAGAGUUCAGGGAAACAUGGGGUCAUCAUAAUGUCUUUGGGAUCUCUUUUUGGAGAACUUCUAGAUGACAUUACAGAUGAGAUAGCAGCUGCCUUUGCCCAACUCCCUCAGAAAGUUAUUUGGAGACAUACUGGACCUCGACCUUCUACCCUUGGCAACAACACGAUACUAGUGGACUGGAUGCCACAGAAUGACCUACUUGGACACCCAAAGACUAAGCUCUUUGUAGCCCAUGGAGGAACCAAUGGUAUUCAGGAAGCUAUUUAUCAUGGUGUUCCCAUUUUAGGUCUACCUCUAGCAUUCGAUCAACCUGAUAACCUGUCAAGGAUGAGAGAAAAGGGAACAGCUAAAGUCCUGGAUAUUUCUGAGUUGGACAGAUCAGUAUUUUUAGAGGCAUUAAAGGAAGUGCUGGAUAAUCCAUUUUACAGAGAGAAUAUGCAGAAGUUGUCUCGAUUGCAUCAUGACCAGCCCAUAAAGCCUCUUGAUCAUGCAGUCUUCUGGAUUGAAUUUGUUAUAAGAAACGGAGGUGCUCCUCACUUGUGCACACAGUCUUUCAGGAUGUCCUGGAUUACCUAUCACUCUGUGGAUGUUAUGCUCACAUUGCUGGGGGCUGUGUUGAUUAGUGGCUGGCUAACAUUUUUGGUACUGAGAUAUCUUUGUUUUAGUGUAAUCUUUAAAAAGAAAAUCAAGUGUGAAUGAUAUAUUUGCUUAUCAUUUGUAGAUAGUAGGAGAAAGAUGUAAUUAUGUGCCUAUGAAUAGGUUAAAAUUAGUAUGGAAAAAUUACAACCCCAAUUCCAAAAAAUUUGGGAUGCUGUGUAAAAUAUAAAUAAAAACAGAAUACAAUGAUUUGCAAAUCUCAUAAACCCAUAUGUUGUUCACAAUAGAACAUAUAAAACAUACCAAAUGUUAAACUGAGGAAAUAUAUCAUUUUAAGAGAAAAAUAAGUCAAUUUUGAAUUUGAUGGCCGCAACAAGACUCAAAAAAGUUGGGGGGGGGGGGGGGGGGGGGGUUGUUACUAAAAAGAAACUAAAAAGUGUUUUCUAUGUUCUAUUGUGAAUAAUGUGGGUUUGUGAGAUUUGCAAAGCAUUGCAUUCUGUUUUUAUUUACAUUUUACACAGUAUCCCAAUUUUUUUUUUUUUUUUUGGAAUUGGAGUUGUAGAACCAUCUACUAAGUUUUCAAUUAUUUAUAGAUCUCCAGUAAUGUAAACAUUAUUGUUCUCAUACUUCACAAUGAGAUAAACCAAUAACCAAUAUUUACACAAUAUUGUGUAAAAUGAGUAGAAAUUAUAAUUAUUGGAGGCAAUUUCAUGACAUAUCCAACCAAUUGAAUUGGAUUCUAAUGCUGCAUUUGAGGCAAAGAUGCAACUUGUAAUUCCCCACCCACAACCAGUAAAACCCACCAAAAUUGCCCCCUCAACCUGAAAUUUGAACUAGUAGUUUUCUCAAUUAUCAGUUCCUUCACUCUUUAUGCAGUGACAACAAAUCAACAUGACCAUGCACUCUGUAAACAGUGUAAAGUACCAUUUAUCUCCUUUUAAAUAAGUUUAUAUCAGUAUUGGCUUUAGAUCAGUUUAUAGAUUUGAUUAAAUCAACAUUAGACAAGCUUGUUGCUUAUACUAUUUGCUAUUGUCUACUGUUGUUGCUGUAAUGCAAUUAUCCUUCAAUAUAUUGUAUAAAUGUUUAAAUAUCACUACUGUAGAACAGAACCAAUAGCUACUCAGGCCUGUUACAGUAAAAGUGCAGAUAAAGUAACUUUUUUUUGCUUUACAAAACAAACAAAAGACACAUUUUAGUGGAGGCAUCCACAUUUUUUUCCCACUCUGCACGUCAAACUUGCUGAGCUGGGAAAUUGCAUUAUUGCAACUUGCAAAUCCUACUCAACCUCUGCUGCUUUCGACACUGUGAUUGAGGUGAUUGAGUGAUUAAGGUGAUUGAGUCUCAUGGCUUCUCAUAUCAUUGAUAUGCUGAUGACACCCAGCUCUAUUUGUCCUUCCUGCCUGAUGAUCCAUCCGUCUCUGAAAGAAUGUCUGCUUGCCUGUCUGACAUCUCGGAAAUAUACAAAUAAAUAUUCAUUCAUUCAUCUGUUCAUUCAUUCAUCUCUCAACUGAUUUAUCCUGGCCCAGGUCUUGAUGGAUUCAGAGCUUAUCCAGCCAAUCACUAGGCAGCAGCACAAUGCAUAAAAUCAUGCAGAUGCCAUUCAAGAGCUUCAGUUAGUGUUCACAUCAAACAUCAGAAUGUAGAAAAAGUGUGAUCUCUGUGACUAGUAACUCAAAUAAGUGCACUUUAAAACCAUAGUGAGCAGAAAACAUCUCAGAAAGUACAACAAGAAGACUUUUUAUUUUUUAAAGAAAACACUGGGUGGAAAUGUAAAUCAUAUUAAAAUUCACUCAUGUAAUAAAACCUUAUCAAAAUCUUAUAUUCCACAUUAAGUAUGCCAAUAGUUUAAAAGCUAAUUAAGCGUUAAUGAACUAUUAUUAUUUGUUUAUGAUUAUGUUCAUUAAGCAAAGAAUUAGAACUUAUACUUGAUAUAAGUUAGAUAUACUAGCUUGAGGCUAGACUCCGCUGUUAGUCUAACUAUGAGCAAAUUAAUUUAGUUAAGGAAACUUAUCCAUGUAAACUGAUAAUCUAUGGAGGUUGACAAUGUCUGUGCCCUCUCUAGUGGGAAAGAACAAAAUGUGUUAAAUACAUUUUCCCAACAUUUUCAGUGUUUUCCAGUUUUCCUCAAAAAACUUUUCUAUUUAAUAUGCGAAAUAUAAAGAGUGCACUAAUACUACUGCACAUGUAUGUAUUGAUCAGCUGAUUGUCCUAAGCUUAUCCAUGUAUUUUAACUCAUAUUUUGUCUUUUUUGCUCUCAUUAAGUCCUUUGUGCUGCAGGGAUUCUCUUACCCAAUCCCAAGCAAUAAAUAUUAUAGCAACA